UCGACGUCGGCGACCGCGCCGCCCGCGAAGGGAAGCGCCUUAUAAGCCGCCGCUCGGCCGGACCCGCGGCUCGUCGCCGCGCCAUCCCGGAGAGAGCUCGCGGAGGCCGGGCCGACCCCGGACAGACCCCGACUCCGGACGGACCCCGACCAGCGCCGGCUCCGGACAGAUCCUGGAUCUGUCCGGCUCUGGACAGACCUCGGACGGAGCCCGGGCCCGGACAGACGCCGCGGCUCCAGGCCGAUCCCGGCUCCGGACGGCCUCCCCGCGGACCCAGGCCCGGGCGGGCGCGCCCCCUGCCGGCCGGGGCAUGCUUGGCCCGCGGCAUGGCCUCGGCGGUGUUUGAGGGCACGUCGCUCGUGAACAUGUUCGUGCGCGGCUGCUGGGUGAACGGCAUCCGCCGGCUCAUCGUCAGCCGGCGCGGCGACGAGGAGGAGUUCUUCGAGAUCCGCACCGAGUGGUCGGACCGCAGCGUGCUCUACCUGCACCGCAGCCUGGCCGACCUGGGCCGCCUGUGGCAGCGCCUCCGCGACGCCUUCCCCGAGGACCGGCCCGAGCUGGCGCUCGCGCCGCUGCGCGAAGGGCUGGUCGCCAUCAAGGAUGCCCACGACAUCGAGACCAGGCUGAACGAAGUGGAGAAGCUGCUCAAGGCCGUCAUCAGCAUGCCGCGCAAGUAUUCCAGGUCAGAAGUUGUGCUCACCUUCUUUGAAAGAUCUCCCCUGGACCAGGUGUUAAAAAAUGACAACGUCCAUAAAAUUCAACCCAGCUUUCAAAGUCCGGUGAAAAUAUCAGAAAUCAUGAGGUCCAAUGGAUUCUGCUUAGCAAAUACGGAAACGAUCGUUAUUGACCACAGUAUACCAAACGGAAAAGACCAGCACGCAGCUGUGGACCCCUCGGAGCACCUGUUUGAGAACGGCGGUGAGUUCGCCUCCGAGCUGGAGGGCGGGGAUGACCCAGCAGCUUAUGUCACCAACCUGUCCUAUUACCACCUGGUGCCUUUCGAGACGGACAUUCUGGACUGAGUCUCCGCUGGGCCCCUCCUGCCCCGGCCGGUGACCGUGGCUCCGCUGAAGUCCAUUGUGCCGGGGACCAGGCCUACCCAGCCGCCCGCGCCCACGGAGACCCCGAGUCUCCGACAGCCAGGAGUCGGGUCACGGGGGUCCGGUGCCCCUGCUGCUUCUAGGGGUCUUCCUGGCCCGGGUAUGCAUCCCCGGGACACACCCCCUCCACGCCUGGAGGGGCCACAAGUGCCUGCAGGACGUCCCGAGCCGGGUCUGGACACCUGCUCCUCCC